CUCAGAUCAAUCCUCCGGAUGCCCAAGGAACUGGCCUGCUUGUGCGUGUCCAACUUCCUCGGCUGGGCAGCCUUCCUGUGCGUCAUGUUGUUCUUCACCGACUUCAUGGGGCGGGGUGUGUACAGAGGGAACCCGAGCGCAGCACUGGACAGUCCCGACAGGAUCCUGUACGAACAAGGCGUGAUGAUCGGCUGCUGGGGACUGACCAUCAACGCCGCGUCAUGUGCUCUCUACUCAAUGUCUUUAGAGCGAAUCCUCGGCCACGUGUCGUACAGGACCAUGUACAUCUUCGGCUACUUGGCCUUCGCCGCAGGGAUCGGCAGUAUGGCCAUCAUCGCGCAGCUGACGGAGGCGCGCUGGGAGAUCAUCUUCCUGUGUCCGGUCAUGGGCAUCAUGUACGGUACCCUCAACAACAUCCCCUACAAACUCAUCUCUCGGUACCACACGAGUGAAACGUACAUUCGGUGCGGUGUGGACGGGUUGGAGCGCCGCGGCAUGGGGAUCGACUGCGCGCUGGUGUCCUCGCAAAACCAGCUGUCUCAGAUCGUCAUCGGCGCCAGUCUGGGCUCCAUCGUGGCCGCCGUGGGCAGCGUGGUCUCCGUGACGGUGUGCUCCAGCGUGCUGGCCUUCACCGCCUGCAUCGCCGCCGCCUUACUGGUGCACUACGACGUGGACAGGCGCGAGGACGCACCAAACUACAGCACUGCACUGUGGAGUAUGUGAAAUAUUCAAGGAAGCCUUUUCACAGAGAUAAGAACGCAUGAGCGGUGACAGGAAUUCUAGGUAAUAUGUCAAAGGUAAAGGCAUCGAAAAAGACAACAAAA